AUGUCCUCAAAUAUUCAAGUUCAAGAAAAUAUUGAAAAAGAUACUUCAUUUGAUUACCCAUCACCAACCUCACCAUCUGUUUCAAAAACCCAAUCAAAAGAAUCAUUAAUUGAAGUUAAAGCUCAUCAACAACAUAAUUUUACAAAAAUUGGUAUUUUUAAACCUGCUUAUUUUAGUAGAGCCAUUUUUAAACAAUUAGAAAAUUUACAAAUUUCUAAAACUCAAUUUUUUAAAGAAUUAAAAAAACAAUCAGAAUUAGAAAACCAAACUGAAUUAGAAGAUCAAUGUAAAGAUAAAACUGACUUAUCAUAUAAUUUACAAUUUAGAUAUUUUACAGAAUUUAUUCAUAAUUUUAAUCAAGUUACUGGUGUAACUAAAGAAAAAGACUUCCAAAUUCAAUAUUUCACAGAAUUUAUUCAUAAUUUUAAUCAAGUUAUUGAUGUAACUAAAGAAAAAGACCUCCAAAUUCAAUAUUUCACAGAAUUUAUUCAUAAUUUUAAUCAAGCUACUGAUGUAACUAAAGAAGACGACUUCCAAAUUCAAUAUUUCAGUGAUUUUGUUCACUUUUUAGAUCAACACAUUACUGAUUCAGCUACAGUUACUUCAUCAUCAUCAUCAGCAGCAUCAUUUUCAAAUUUAAACAAUUCUCCUCACAAAACAGAUAAAGUUAUUCAAUUCAUUCAUAAUCCAAUAAAACCUAAUCAAAAAAAUUUAGGUAAAUUAGAAAAAUUUAAAAACUUCAUUAAAUAUGGUACAACCAAAGGUAAAGAAACAGAAAAUAUCCCAAAACAUGUUGAAAAAUACGUUUUAAAUAAAAUAAAAAUUGCAAAAACAACCAAUAAUAAUAUUGAUAUUUCAUCAAUUGCAGAAACAUUAAAACAAGAACAACUAACUCAAGAAGAAUUAGAUUACUGCUUAUACAAAAUAUAUUCAAGUGGUUCCCACAAACAUGCAAAAUUUAAAAAGUCAUUUAAGAAAAAUAAAAAUAAAAAGGAACCUCCAAUUAAAGGAUGUUUAAAGAACAAAAUCAAUUUACAUUACAAUUUAGAAAAGAAAAAUUGUGAAGAAUCAGAUUCACAAACAAUACUAAAAUUCUUGACAGAAGUACUUAAUUGGGAAUAUAAAAAAUCAGAUCCAACUAACAAAAAAAACAUUGAAGAUACUCAAUUACAACAAGUUCAAAAUUAUUAUGGUAACAAUGUUGAAGUAUAUUUAGAACAAGAAACAAUAAAUAAUAAAAAUAGAAGAAUUUUCAGAAAUAAAUUAAAAAAAGAUUUAUCAAUAUAA